AUGUCCAGCGAAUAUCCAGCGAAUGCUACAUCGACACUGUCACCCUGCCCGUCUGCAUCUACCCCGCCCACCGAGAUGUCGACCCCGCGUGACGAAAUGCCCGAAGUCAACGACGAUAUUUUGGGAGGACUGGAAGACGUGGUCGUUCUAGAUUUUAAGGGGCCUCGGUCCCUAAAGAAACAAAUCGACUCCCGACUGAAGGAACUGCAGGCUAGUAGCUCCUGCCAGCAGUUCAUCGUGUGCCGGAACGUUGGGAAGGAGCAAUUGACUAGCAUAGAUCAGCAACAAAGCCUCGGUAGAGGCAUUCGAAAGUCCUAUAAUUCAAACUUGCAAAUUCUCGUGCUCAAGAUACUGACUACAAUUCACGAAGCCGCUCACUUGACCCUAUGGCAGAUUAUUUGGAGGCAGCUUAUCGCGAUGGGGGAUGGAGAGUUGAUGGCACCAUGCGGGGGGGGGACCUUCCUAAGCCAAAGCAAAAUAUCGUCUAAGGAAGCCGAUACAGCGUAUAAACCAGUGACGCGAAACCAGGAGUCUGACUGGCCUACUAUCGUCCUCGAGUGUGGAUACUCCGAGUCGAUGCGUCGCCUCGCAGUCGACGCACGGUGGUGGCUGGUCAACGCCGGCGGCGACGUGAAGACAGUCCUCCUCAUCUCAAUAAAUGGGGAGAGACAGGCCCUCCACCUCGAAAGAUGGUGCCUUGCUCCGCCUUACGACCGGCCCGUAACCCGCAACACCCCGAGUAUGGUCCCGACGAAGACGGGCGAGGUAGAUAUUGUUGCAGGUAUCGUGACAGGGGCGCCGCUAUGCCUGAAGUUCGAGGACCUUGUGGAGCGGCCACCCGGCCCAACGGAGAGGGACGUCGUCCUGACUGCUGAUCAGUUGGCCACAUGGGCCAACUUCCUGUGGACCACUUAUCAGUAA